AUGGAGCGCCAUCGCAAGGCCGUGACGAAGAUCGCCGCGUCGGUCAAGCAGUUCUUCGACCGCAAGGAAGCGUACCGGAUUUUCCACGGAAGCACCAACAGCACGCGACCCGGCCGGCGCCCGGGCACCCGGGUCGUGGAUAUCAGCGCACUAUCCAAUGUUCUUGAGGUCAAUCCGCAGACGAGGACAGCGCUCGUCGAGCCCAAUGUUCCUAUGGACAGGCUCGUCGAGCACACACUCAAGCAUGGCCUCGUCCCUCCCGUCGUUAUGGAAUUCCCCGGCAUCACUGCUGGCGGUGGGUACGCGGGCACGGCUGGUGAAAGCAGCAGUUUCAAGCAUGGGUUCUUCGACGACACUGUCCAGAGUAUCGAGAUGAUUCUUGCAGACGGCGAGGUCGUGACGGCGUCGCGCGAUCAGAAGCCGGAGCUCUUCACCGGCGCGGCCGGAGCUGUCGGCACCUUGGGUGUCACUACGCUCCUUGAACUCCAGCUUAUGAAGGCAAAGCCUUUCGUGCGAACCACCUAUAGACGCACACAUAGUGUCGCCGAGGCAGUGGCUACUGUGCAGGAGGAGGUGGCUCGUCCGGGCAACGACUACGUAGAUGGUAUCCUGUUUAGCAAGGACCAUGGCGUGGUCAUCACGGGUAGUCUCACUGAAAGCAAGCCCGAUGACGCCAAACCACAGACUUUUAGUGGCGCAUGGGAUCCUUGGUUUUACCUGCAUGUGAAAGACCGGACACGCGACGUGUCCGCGGGCGGCGCCGCACCUACAGAUUAUAUCCCGUUGGCCGAAUACCUCUUCAGAUACGAUAGGGGAGGGUUUUGGGUUGGUACCGCCGCAUAUCAAUACUUCAAAUUGGUGCCGUUCAAUCGCUUCACGCGCUGGUUCCUCGACGACUUCCUGCAUACGCGCAUGAUGUACCGGGCUUUACAUGGCAGCGGCGAGAGCGCACGUUUCGUCGUGCAAGACCUUGCCAUGCCGUUUGAGACGACGGAGCGGUUCGUUGAUUACACGGCCGAGGAGUUCGGCAUUUGGCCGCUCUGGCUCUGUCCACUCCGCCGAAGGGCUCCCCCAACCUUCCAUCCAUUCACAACACCGCCUUCUACUGAGGCGACGAAGACGGAAACACCAGAGAUGAUGCUCAACGUCGGACUAUGGGGCUGGGGUCCUGCGAAACCUGAUGAGUUUAUCGCAAAGAACAAAGGGCUUGAAGCAAAGCUGCGAGAGCUAGGAGGUAUGAAGUGGCUCUACGCCCAUACUUACUAUGACCAGGAUAAAUUCUGGGAUAUGUAUGAGGGACGAGGCUGGUAUGAUGAGCUGCGCACGAAAUACCACGCCACAUCAUUGCCGACUGUGUAUGAUAAGGUCAAGGUGGAUGAGGCGGUGUCUCAGCGUAAGCGCCACUGGUUAAAGUCGAUACCACCGAUCGGUGGUUUGUAUGGUAUCUGGAAAAGCAUACAGAGCAAAGACUAUCUGUUGCAUAGAAAUUCGACCUGGAAGUACAAGGGAGGGUCAUAG